AUGGAAAAACGGGCAUUCUCACCUAGGAAUAGAAUUUUUGAUAACCUGUCACUAACAAGUCCACAGAUAGGGUUGAAAUAUAAGAAAAAUCAAAGAAACUACAAAAUAUAAAAGUAAAGAUCUCAACUAAGCCAAAAAUUAAAGAUUCGCCAAAGAGAAGCAAAAAAUUGCAUUACUUCGGAAGAAGAAAAGUCUAUUCGAUAAGUCCCCCUCCAGUGCAUAUGACAAAAAUCCAGAACCUGGCAUCUCUAACACACCAAUCGAGGUUUUCCAAAGCAGGAUACCCAAUGGCUCUCCAAAGUCCAAUCUCAAAUCAAAAUUUUACAGUCUGAUCGCCAAGUACAACAAGGCAGAAAAAGAGAUUAGAAAAUAAAGCAACAAAUAUCAAAAUCUCUAGAAGAAUGAGACAGAGCCCUCUAGAAAUUCUAAAAUGCAGAAUUCGUUCUUUGUCACCAUAUAAAACCCAGGUUAUAGAUUUUGGAGAUACAUAUCUUCCAAAAAGAUCAAAUAAGAAGAGAAAAAGACAAAAAACAAAAAAUAGCAAAGCUCUUAAACCUAAUAUUCCAAUCUCUUUAGCCCCUUUGAAUGAAGAAAUCAGUGAUACCUUUCGCUCCACGAUCCAACCACCUUCUACUUCCCCCUCUAAAAUAUUAUCAAAAUGGGCUCACCCUCCUACACCCCUCAAUCCCUUCCAAAUCCACCUAUAAUCAUUCGAAUCACCCCUUACACCCCUCUGCCCACUUCCUCCACCUU